UCCAACGUCCUGCUGUGAGAUUUAUUAUUAAUUAGAACAAUUCGUUAUUGCCUAUUAUCGUGUACAAACUUUUUAUUAGCAUUUUUAUUGAUCGAUGUGCAGGAAUAAAGGUUUUUGUUCUUCACUUGUGUAGAUCUAUGUGUACAUGGUUUUUAUUCUGAAGAAGGAAAACCCGAGUGGAAAUGUUCGCUGCUCAGUGCUCAUCGGAUUCGGAACACAGCUCAGGUGUCUGGUUACAUAUACCUGUCACUGACCCACAGAGAAGCGGCUGAGAAGAUGGUAGAAACUGCCAUGGUAAAUUAAAAGGGGGAGUGGCAGAGGGGGGAGUGUUUGGUCCAGACCUACGGAUAUAUUUGGACUAGCUUAAUGCUAAAACAUCACAGUAGAAACGACUAUGGAGGAUAACUGUGUGAGUAGUGGCUAACGGUCGGAAUGGAACUGUGCAGUUUCAAAUGGGACGCGCGAGCCUUCAGGCACGGGGCUAUUCUGAUGUCUGUUUAUUUACCCUAAAAGAGGUGGAAAGUGUAUUUUUCCAUAUCAGGAAGGACAGUAAUGGUCCACAGAGAGAUGUUGGAUACACGUCAGCACAUCCUCACACAACGGUACCAUUGAUACACAGAGCAUAAGUCAGCAGCAAUGGCUGUGAAACCAAGGAGACCGUUGGUGACCGUUAUUCUCGGCGUGUUUCUCGGAUUCACCGCUUCUUCGUGGCUCAUUGUACCCCAGGUUCUGGAAAGUAAGGGAAAAAAAUCUCCCCCGUGUCUGUACCACAGUCACAGUGACUCCUCCGCCAGGAAAGGUCCCUUCAUCCCCGGGGACAGCCCGCAGCUCAGCCCGGAGGAGGACAGGACAUCAAGUCCGGGCAACAGCACCGGGGGGAGAGCCACAGGCAGACCGAAGCGGUUCCUCUUUGUCGGCGUCAUGACAGCCAAGAAGUAUCUGCAGACCCGCGCCGUGGCUGCGUACCAGACCUGGGUGAGUUCCAUCCCCGGGAAGGUGGAGUUCUUCUCCAGUGAGGGCUCCGGGUCCGUCCACUUGCCCGUCCCCGUGCCUGUGGUCUCGCUGGCAGAUGUGGACGACUCGUACCCACCACAGAAGAAGUCAUUCAUGAUGCUGAAAUACAUCCACGACCACUACCUGGAUAAAUAUGAGUGGUUCAUGCGGGCAGACGAUGACGUUUAUAUAAGAGGUGAGAAGCUGGAGUCGUUCCUGCGCUCACUGAACAGCAGCAAGCCUCUGUACCUGGGCCAGACGGGCCUUGGCAUGGCUGAGGAGCUGGGCCGACUGGCUCUGGAGCCCGGAGAGAAUUUCUGCAUGGGGGGCCCCGGGAUGAUAUUCAGUAGAGAGGUUCUCCGCAGGAUGGUCCCUCACAUCAGCACCUGUCUCAGGGAGAUGUACACCACCCACGAGGAUGUGGAAAUUGGCCGUUGUGUGCGACGCUUUGGAGGGACACAGUGUGUGUGGUCAUAUGAGAUGCAGCAGCUCUUCUACGAGAACUACGAACACAACAAGAAAGGUUUCAUUGAAGAGCUUCACAGCAGCAAGAUCCACAACGCCAUUACACUCCACCCCAACAAAAACCCGGCCUACCAGUACCGGCUGCACAGCUUCAUGCUGAGCCGGGAGAUCUCCAGACUCUGUUACCACAGCAUCCUGCUCCACCGAGAAGGCCUGAUGAUGAGUCACCUGAGUGAUACAGAAGUGCUGUGGGAGGACCAACAGCUGGGCUCCCCCCCUUCCUACAUGCGCUUUAAGCCCAGCGAGAGGAGUGAUGUCAUUGAGUGGGAUUUCCUGACUGGUCGCCACAUUUAUUCCGCUGCCGAGAACAAAGUGGCCCGGCAGAGCCUUGGCAACCUGCUUCGUACUGCAAUGGAAGACAUUAUACGCCAGGUCAUGGAAAUGAUUAACGAGAAUUCCAAAACACGUGGCCGUGUGAUUGACUUUAAAGAGAUCCAGUACGGCUAUUACCGGGUGGAUCCCAUGCACGGCGCAGAAUACAUCAUAGACUUGCUGCUUCUCUACAAGAAACACAAGGGUCGCAAAAUAACCGUGCCUGUGAGGCGGCACGCUUACCUUCAGCAGUCGUUCAGCCGCCCCUUCUUCACUGAGACUGAAGAGUUAGAUGUGUCCGAACUCGUCGCAGCCAUCAACUCUGAAUCCCAAUCCCUGUCUUUCCUGUCCAACUCUCUGAAGUUUUUGUCACCUUUCCAGGUCUACGAAUCAAACAGGGAAAUGUGGGAGCAGAGCCAAAGAAAGGUCAACAUCCUCGUCCCAUUAUCGGGUCGCUACGAGAACUUUGUGCGCUUUAUGGAGAACUUUGAGAAAGUGUGUUUGAUACCAAAACAAAAUGUGAAGCUCUCCAUCAUUCUGGUGGACAGCGGGAACAAUGAGAACGUAGAGAAACACACUCCGUUAAUAAAAGACUACAGCAGGAAGUAUCCCAAAGCUGACCUGUCAAUCAUCCCCAUGACAGGCAACUUCUCCCGAGGACUUGCUCUUGAGCUGGGCUCCUCUCAGCUGGAUAACGACUCCCUUCUCUUCUUUUGCGAUGUUGAUCUCCUCUUCAGUGGGGAUGCCUUGCAACGCUGCAGAGAAAAUGCUGUGCAAGGGAGACAAGUUUAUUUCCCUGUUGUCUUUAGUCAGUACAACCCCAAGAUAGUGUACUCUGAGAAGGCCCCAAGAGAAAACAAAUUUGUGCUGACCAAGAAAAGUGGUUUCUGGCGGGAUUACGGAUUUGGAAUCACUUGUGUUUUCAAGAGUGAUUUAUUAAAAGCCGGCGGUUUCGACACCUCGAUAUUAGGCUGGGGAUUGGAAGACGUAGACUUGUACUCAAAAGUGAUUAAUUCUGGGUUGAAAGUGUUACGCAGUCAGGAACCAGGAAUCGUUCACAUGUAUCAUCCUGUCCACUGCAACACAAGUCUUGAGCAGAAGCAGUACAAAAUGUGCCUUGGGUCCAAAGCGAGUACGUUUGCCUCGUCAAUGCAGCUAGCGGAGCUGUGGCUGGAGAAACACAUAGAGGCGGGCUACAACAGAACUGCAUCCUGACACUCCAGCCCUCCUGGACUCCAUACAGGUGUACCUCAGCUUGCUGGGAUGCAUGUUGUGGUGUGACAGUGUAUCACGGGUCUUUGUAGGCUGGACAAUCUGAUCCAGAAAGCAUGGAAGACUCCAAUCCCCAAUCCAAGACAACAGGAGAAGAAAUACAACCCGAACAUAACCAAGAACGGGAUUGACAGGUCUAAACCCGCAAGGAAAACAUGGACUAAAACCAAAUGUGUUGUUAGUUUCAGAAUUAUUGAUUUGUUAACUACUGUGCCAAUGAUGUAAACGUAUAGCUUUGAAAACUUCCAGCUCUUAGGGAUUGGUUUAGGGGGUUACUAACUCCCUUAACAUUUAUAUUACAUGUCAAAAUAACCUACUUCGGGGAGUCCCAAGGCUUGGGUUAUUAAAAAGGACCCAAAGAACAUGCUUUAUCGUCCAAAAUUGCAAAUUGUGUUGUAUUGCUUGUUAGCCGUCAUAUGAAUGUGGAAAGUGGAUGGCUGCUGUGCCAUGAGAAGCAUUACCUGCUGCGGUACAAUCUGUGAGUGUGAAAAAGAGUCUUCAUGAGUCCUUAGGAGUUCCUUUCUGCAGACCUGAAGCUGAGGCUGGUUACUGUCCCCGCCCAAAUGAUACUACUGGACUAACAUUAUUUUGCAUGGUCUGUAUUUCUCUCAUUUCCACUCACAAGUGUAGUAGUUAUUUUGUCUUUUUAAUAAUGCCAAACCCUCCAGCGGCUCAAGACUGUCCCGGGUGAGUUUUCCAUUUACUGAAAUAUAACUCUGGUGGACAGCUGAUACAAUGUUUACAAAGUGAAUAGCAGGUAUCAUCAUCAUCAUGGCAUUUGCUUAAACCUUUGACCUUAAAAUUGAAUGCCUACCUGACUGAAUCAAACAUGCCAGAAAAUGAUCUUCAAAAGCGUUGAAGGGUAAACAUCUUCGGUGUUACACGCUUAAGAUGCUUGACAACACAAUAGUUAUUUUUUAAACACUGACCACUUUAAAGCCCCUUGACAAAGAAGUGGUUUCAACAGAGACAAAAUCUGUGUUGCCUUACGUCACCUGAGUCUUGGCCAAAAAGUUGCUCUUGUACAAUGGUUGGUAAAAGAGAACUGGACACAGCAAUGGAGGCGGGUCCCGGUUUAUUCUUUUAAAAGCUGCCCAGUGGUGCAUGAAGGCAGAAUGGCCUGACUCCAUUCAGCUUCUUUACAGCAGUGUCAAGGCCAGUCUCAGCUUAUCCAAAUGAAUGGAGGAAGUGGCUGUAGGUGGUACUACAAUUAUAUUUCUGUCCAAGACGUCAUAGGGCCUAGAAGACUCUUCCCCAUUGACUUGCAUUGGGAAAGAGAUGUCUGUAAAUCAACUGAACACUUUUUUACAGGGUACAGUUCCUCUGAUGGGACACUCUGAUGCUUAUAGUACAGCAUUUGAGUCUAAAUUGUUACCUGCCGGUACUAAAGGACGUGAUCAGACCGAUCAAAGGUUUACUCAGCCAUUUCUACAUGGCUUCCCCUGGACUGUAUUUCAUUGUUAUAAUAUGAGCUUCUUCUUACUGCCGUAGUUGUUAUUAUGUUUACACUUCUGUCUCAGGACCACACUUUAUCACCCGGUGCAUUGCAGCCCUUCUUCCCACCAUGACAUCGAUGAUCUUUGAGUUACUGCGUACCAAAUGUACAGAAGUCUGUCCUGUUGCAUCCUAAUGAGAAACGGAGCAGCCGAGUGAAUCACCGUACACUCCUCCAUUUUUUCAGCAAUAGAUCAAUUGUAAUGUGAAACAUGUCAGGUGAAUGUCAUCACCAGGCUGUCUCUUAGUGAUAGUUGGUGAAUAAUGCUCAAAUGUAAAGUAUAACUAUAUUGUAAUUAUGUAAAGUACCAGUUUUAUGUUACAGUUUCUUUCCGAGCAAUAAAGAAUGACAGUUCAGAUUUA